ACAUUUUUCUUCGUCGCGCUCUUUUUUCUACCGGAAACGCCGAAAUUUCUUCUGAUUUCACGUUCGGACCGUCCGGCAGCUGAACGAUCAGUGCGUUUCUAUCACGGCUCCGAUUGUGAUGUCGACACGGUAAUCAAGGAUAUUAUUUUGAAUUUCAGAACACAGUGGCACUUUGGGUCGAUGUUGUUGUCAUCCACCUAUUUCCUCGAGGAAAUCGGUCUCGAUCAAGCGGUCGCAUCAUGGAGCAGUACUGCAAUGACACUAGGAUAUGUUCUAGGCGUAAUUGCAGGAUCGAAGUGGGACAUCGAGCGAUUAGGUCGUCGUACCAUUCUGCUCUCAUUCACCACCGUCGAUAAUCUCCUCCUGCCGUGGUUGGACGCGAUCUGUGCUGAGCUCAGUCCGAUAGUGGAGCCGCUCAAAUACAGCUGCCUCGUGCUGCUCAUUGCCUACGCGUUCAUCUACGGAAGCGGUGUUGGUCCGAUCUCGUGGUUCAUCUCGUCGGAGCUCGUCCCACAAAAGUACCGCAGUCUGGCUCAAUCCACGUGCUAUUCCUUGAAUACCAUAAUCGUAGUCAUAUUGACGUUCUCUAUCCUUCCCUUAUAUGGGGUUGUGGGCUCUUAUGCAUUUCUCAUACUUUACACAGUACCAUCCCUGAUAAGCAUAGUGAUACUGUACUGUUAUUUGCCAGAAACCAAAGGCAGGGAAAUCCACGAGAUCGUUGCUGAACUGCGGGGGAAGACGAAAUCGAGC